UUUAUUUUUGUAACAGGAAAAGGUUAUUGUGAAACCUCAUGACGUGAUAGGUUUCGUCACCGUUUUUUCCCGUAAACAGACACAGACCGUUCAAGAUGAAGUCACGAUUUAGCACUAUCGACAUAGCUGUCGGGAUAAAAGAGUUACAAAGGUUCUAUGGAAUGCGAGUUGUAAAUGUGUAUGAUGUUGACAACAAAACCUACCUCAUCAAAUUAGGACGGCCAGAGGAAAAGGCAGUUAUACUUAUAGAAUCUGGCAUCAGAAUUCACUGUACAGAGUUUGAUUGGCCAAAAAAUAUGGCUCCUUCAGGUUUCUCGAUGAAGCUGAGAAAACACAUCAAAGGUCGACGUCUGGAGGCUGUCACACAACUUGGUGUAGACAGAAUAGUUAACCUCCAGUUUGGGUCAGGUGAUGCUGCGUACCAUGUCAUCCUGGAACUCUAUGAUAGAGGAAAUGUUGUGCUGACUGAUUUUGAGUUUACUAUCCUGAACAUAUUGCGACCACGUACUGACCAGAGCCAGGAUGUGAGGUUUGCUGUACGAGAAAAGUAUCCCAUCACCUCCACCAAAACACAUGAGGUUCCUACAGAUGAAAAGUUAAUGGAGCUUCUUACUGCUGCAAAGGAGGGCGAUUCUUUGAAAAAGGUUCUGGUGUCACAUCUAGACUAUGGUCCUGCCAUUGUUGAUCACAGUUUGCGGGUGGCUGGUGUUCCUGAUUACGCAAAGAUUGGAAAACACUUCAGUGCUAAAGAUGACAUGGAAAAGCUACGGAUUGCUGUGGAAGAGGCCGAGAUGUUGUUUGAUUUAUUAAAGACUGAACCAUGCAAGGGUAUAAUUGUACAAAAGAAAGAGAAGAGGGUUGCAGUGAAGGAGGGGGAGAGUCAGGAACUGCUCACAUAUGAAGAAUUCCAUCCAAUGCUGUUCAAACAGUUUGAACAUAAACCUGUGUGUGAAUUGGCAAGCUUUAACAAGGCUGUCGAUGAAUUCUUCUCUAAACAAGAAAGUCAGAAACUGGACAUGAAAAGUUUGCAACAGGAGAAAGCAGCAUUGAAGAAGCUUGAUAAUGUAAAGAAGGACCAUGAGAAGAGGAUUGAUUCCCUUCAGAAAGAACAGGAGACUGAUAUCAGCAAGGGCCAGCUCAUCGAAAUGAACCUUGAGUUGGUUGACAAGGCCAUCACGAUUGUGAGGAGUGCAAUAGCCAAUCAGAUAGACUGGACAGAGAUCAACAACCUGGUCAAGGAGGCGCAGGCAAAAGGGGAUCCGGUCGCCAGGAUGAUCAAAGGCCUCAAACUCGACUCCAACCACAUGACGAUGUUGCUCAGUGACCCGUAUGCAGACAGCGAUGAAGAAGAUUCUGAGUGUGUCAAACCUCAGAAGAUUGAUAUUGACCUUUCUGUCAGUGCUUAUGCCAACUCUCGCAAGUUUUUUGAUAAGAAGAAACAGGCAGCUAAAAAGGAAAAGAAAACUAUUGAUGCUUCAGCAAAGGCUCUAAAAUCUGCCGAGAAGAAGACAAAAGAGACCCUCAAGGAAGUAGCAACAGCAGCGUCCAUCAACAAGACGAGGAAAACCUACUGGUUUGAGAAGUUCCUGUGGUUUAUCACAUCAGAAAAUUUCCUGGUAAUAGGAGGACGAGACCAACAACAGAAUGAGAUGAUAGUGAAGCGUUACCUCAAACCAGGGGACCUGUACGUCCAUGCUGACCUCCACGGAGCCAGUAGCUGUGUCAUCAAAAACUCCACUGGUAAUCCUGUACCUCCAAAGUCUCUGAAUGAAGCAGGAAGUAUGGCCAUUUGUAAUAGUGCAGCUUGGGAUGCGAAAGUUGUGACAAGUGCUUGGUGGGUUUAUCAUGAUCAAGUGUCCAAGACAGCGCCCUCUGGGGAGUAUCUAACCACUGGAAGUUUUAUGAUCAGAGGAAAAAAGAACUAUCUUCCGCCAUCAUUUCUUGUGUAUGGUUUCGGGUUUCUCUUCAAGCUUGAGGAUGACUCCAUAUCACGCCAUAAAGGAGAGAGAAAAAUCCGAACAACUGAAGAAGAUGAGAUGUCUGUAGUAACAGAGAGUGAUGUGACUACAGAUAUAGACAGUGUAAUAGAUGAGAGUGAUGACGACAGCAGUGAUGAAGAUGACAAUUCUCAGACAGGUGACGAAGGUCAGCAACAGAGGCUUGACACACUGGAGGAACAGAAUGAGGAAACUGAAGAACAGGACAUGCCAAUAGUGGAGGUCAAAGUUGAAGGAGUCAAAGAAGAAAUGAAAGAGGAAAUGGAGGAAGAGAAAGAAGAGGAGUCGUCAAUAUUUCCGGACACAGAAAUCAGUUUGCAACAUGUCAAGGGAGAUAAAUAUGAAUUACAGAGAGGAAGGAGCAAUACUAGCGAUAGUGUUGAGACUAUAGAAAUAUCAGUUGAGGAGGAAAAAAAGCCUGUGAUACCCACAGUUGUUCGACUAUCAGCUAAGCAGAGAAGGGAUCUCAGAAAAGCCAAAAAAGCAGCACAGCAGCCGCAGAAAGAUGAGGAAGACAGUGUAUCCUGGCUCAGUCAAGGUCAAAAGGAAGGUCAAGGACAUCAAGAAGAGCAGAAAAAACAACAUGAGCAAGCCAUUCAGGAAAGAUUGUCUCUCACCAAAGACGAACAUAAGGACUCACCUGCAGUACCACCCCAGCACUAUGAUAAACCGACACAGGAACAGCAAACACAAGCUAAACGUGGACAGAAGGGUAAACUUCGGAAGAUGAAAGAAAAGUAUGGAGAUCAGGAUGAAGAGGAGAGACAGCAGAAGAUGGACAUUCUUGCAUCAGCUGGUUCUAAAAAAGAAGACAAAAAGAAAAAAGGAAAGAAGGGAAAAGGAAGCGAUUCUGAUCAAACACGACCUCAGAGUGCCAAACAGCAGCUGCAGCAACAAAAGAGGAAAGGCAUCCCUCGAGGUGUUGAUGUGAUCCUACAGCCCACCGCAGAUCUCAUCCUAGCAGAUACUACUGGAAUAACAGAAGACAAAAAAACAGAUCAGGCAAAUGAGGGAAUAGUUGGAACUAGUCAGGAGGAUAAGGUUGAUGACAAGGGAGAGGAUGAGACAACACAUGCAGCAGAUGAUCUACAGAUGUUGGACUCCCUUACUGGAAUACCAGUUUUAGAGGAUGAGCUUCUGUAUGCCAUUCCUGUAUGUGCACCAUACAAUUGUCUCGUCAACUACAAAUACAAAGUCAAACUUACACCAGGUUCAACAAAAAGAGGAAAAGCUGCAAAGACAGCUUUGAAUAUGUUUUUACACGACAAGGCAUCAACAAGUCGAGAAAAGGAUCUAAUGAGGAUAUUAAAAGAUGUUGACCAAAGCCGUAACAUUCCAGGAAAGGUUAAAGUGUCAGCACCAAAUCUUCACAGGAACAAGAAAAAGUGACCAGACUACAGUUUUUCUCUACACUACAUUAAUAAAUCGCUCCACAUUGGAACUGAUGACAACAUGAAGUCUUAUCCUAGGUUAGACCUAGGUGUAAUUACCCAUUGUGUGAAACACUCUAAAAGAUAACCUCAAGUUCAAUGCAGUUUAUAAAAUUUUCUAUUGAAAAUGUUUUUUAUUAGGUGAAUAUGAGUCAAUUAAAAUAACCAUCCUGUUUUAAGUAAUAAAUGUGUCAUAUGAGUAAGGUAAAACUGUGGAUUAUGAUAAUCAUAGAGCUAUACAAUUAGCUGCUUUCAGAUUCCAGAAGAAAUGUCAUGAACGAACAGAUAAAUGUAAUUUAAAGUUUGUCAACAAAGACUACACAUUUUGUGACAAUAUAGACUUGAGAACUAAAGUUUUGAAACAUAAUGAUACCAUUACACAGUUACAACUGUAUGUGAUGGUAUAGAAGCUUAAGUGUCUGAGGAAAUGUGAAUACAGACUGGAAUUAUAAAUGGAAAUUGUGCGAUUGUGAACAGAAACUGGAAUUACUGUGGAAUUGUGAACAGAAACUGGAAUUACUGUUGAACUGUGAACAGAAACUGGAAUUACUGUGGAAUUGUGAACUGAGACUGAUGAACAGAUCUACAGUUAGAGUAUUAAAUAUUGGAAACUUUGAAAGGAAUAGUCAAACCUACAGUAAUAAGUCUUAAAAUCCAAUGUUACUAUUUAUAACUAUAAAUGUUAGUCAGUUCAGAUGUUGAUUCAACUAAAGAUAGCAAUUAAUUUCUAAAUAGACAAAUGUUCAAUUUUCGUGAUUGCUACAUAUAUAUAUAUAUAUUCAGAUUUUGAAAACAGAAAUCUUUCAAAAUUUCUGAAGCAGAAAAUAAAGCUUUAGAAGUGCUAAAAUUGAUAAUUUUUUGACCUUGGCAUGGUGAACCAACUGAUGGUAAUCAGAUACAGUUGGGACUUUUUUGAGAAGUAUACAUGAACAAAGGCUGUGAUAAAGUUACAUUUGUAAGGUAAUAAAGAAGCAUUAAUCCUA